AUGAAGCCUCAGACGAUCGCCCUUGCCGGAGUCGGUGACCUUGGUCGAUAUUUCUGUGAUGAGCUCUCACAGGACGUUCGAUACUCGGUCAUAGUUUUGACUCGACAGAAAAAUCGGUUCAUAUCUUCAAAAGUAAAGACAUGCACGACUGACUAUUCCGAAGAUUCGGUAGUCAGUAUACUGAACGAAACGGGUGCCACAGCUCUGAUAUCUUUGAUCCAAUGCCCCGAUGAAGACUACCUGAGUUUACACAAUAAUAUUCUCAACGCCUGUCUGAGAUCCAACGACUGCAAGCGAUUCAUUCCCUCAGAAUGGGCGGGUAAUAUCGAAGAAUUCCCAGACAUUCCUCCUGCAUAUGGAAAGACACGGGCACCAUUUCGGGAGAUCCUGCGAAAAACCCGCGGUAUUCAGUGGACUCUUUUCAAUCAGGGAUGGUUCAUGGAGUACUUUGUCUCCGAAGAAAAGUCAUACAUGAAAUAUCUCCCGGGGGAGUUUCCAAUCAAUCCCAUUGAUUGGCAUUACUGCGUUCGUGGCACCGGUGAUGAGCCACAGUCCUGGACUUGUGGCCGAGACGUUGCCAAAGCCGUCGCUGAACUGUUGGCUGCCGAUGAAUGGGAGCCCGUCACGUACGUCGCAGGGACAUCCGGAACGUUCAACUGGGCUGCCGAAUUGCUAGAGAAAUUUUAUGGUCGUCCCUUGACGAGAAGUUAUCGUUCUAUCAAUGAUAUCAACAACGAUCUCCAACGCAAUCUUCCUGAAAAGGAGUUGCUCGUGGUGGAAGCUGAACUGUGGACGAUUACUGGGGCCACAGCUUGUCCAAGACAAAAGGCUGAACGUCAACGUGAGAAGUUCUUUUCUGAGUUGCAUUUAAUGACCAUUGAAGAAUUGCUGGAGUCAGCAGAAAAGAAUGGUCAGGUUUGA